AUGAAAAAAAUCUACUUCAUUUUGAUCCUAACUUUACAGAGCAUCUUUUCCUCAGCAGAGAGACAUUUUCGAACGCCAUCCUUUUGGUCACCAAAAAAUAUUUUUUUCUCCACUCUUAUUCAUGGCUCCUCCCACACUACAUGGGUAUUGGAAAUUGGACAAGAGCUUGCUGCAAAGGGCCAUAAUUUCACAUUCAUUUGUAGGUCAUACAGCGAAAGAUACCUUCGUGACUACCCCACGGUAAAUUUGCUACCUAUCAUCGGCGAAGACCCAGUAGCCGAAUAUGACAAAUUUGCUGUCGUGUUGCAACAGAAGGAAUACAACAUUGAAUUAAUGAGAAUACUCUUCUCGUUGGUGCAAAAGACUUUCCGUGAAGACUAUUUGCAAUACUCGAAAUAUUUUCAAGAAUAUAAACCUGAUGUGGUUUUAUGCGACGCAUUCAUUCACGCCUGUAUUUAUGCCGCUGAUGAAAACAAGAUCCCGGUCAUUGUGACCUCCACUAUGGCCGUUUCUGAGGACGCAAGCGCAUCAUUUGUCAAUAAUUUAUUGAUAGGGAAUCCAACUACCGAGCAUGAAUCCUUGUGGACCAGAUUUUACAACAAAUAUAUUUUCGGAGUAAAGCUACUUUGGACAAUCCAAAAAACAUGUAGCGAAAAAAUUGCUUUACAACAAGAGCUUGGUAUCCCGUCUAAUCAAGUGCUACCUCACAAAAUGAAAGAUUCCGUUAAGCUUGUCAACAAUUUUUUUGGUAUGGAGCCCGCACGGCCGUUGGGCCCACUGGUCAGAUUUGCCGGACCCAUUUUAUCGUCCAGCUAUCCUACAUUGGACGAACGCAACGCCGAAUUUCUAAACGCACACGAGCGAGUUGCAUAUAUUGCAUUUGGACAUCAUUCUAUAUCCGCACCUCAUGAGCUCCAAAAUUUAUGGCUAGCAUUGAUAGAUUCCAUUGAAACUAAUAUUUUUGACGGAUUUUUUUGGGUAAUUCGCGAUACCUCUAAUUUCCCAGAAAUAGUGACAAGCACUCUGGGAACCAAAGUGAAUGUUUCUGAUAUAAUCAAUAAUGGAGGGAAGUAUCCACACUACCAAUUUUCUGAAUGGGCUCCACAAUUUGCCAUUCUAUCACAUCCAUCCACAGCUCUCUUCAUUACUCAUGGGGGAGCCAACUCGCUUUUCGAAAGUCUGUACAAUAGCAAAAUGAUGCUAUUCCACCCAUAUUUCGGCGAUCAAGGAACCAAUGUGAAAAUGUUGGAAAAAGCAGGAGUUGGACUCGUAUACGACCGCUUUAGUUCUAAUGCUAAAGAUAUGGUUCGCAAGAUUAAGCUCAUAGUCGAAGAUGAAGAAGGUCGAUUUGCAAGAAAUGUGCGACGAAUGUCGGCUUUAGUCCAACUGAAAGCAGCAGAAGCUAUUCCUAACGCAAUAUCCACCAUCGAAGAAGUUAUUUUUUCGUCCAACGUAGACGAAGUCCCUCACUUAUACCCUGCUUCACGAAAUAUGUCUUACAUCAAAGCAAACAAUAUCGACUUGCAAUUUAUACUUCUUUGUCUUGCUUCUAUUUUAUUGUUUUUAACAUAUUCUACCUGCCGUGUUCUUUACCGUGCUCUAUACAAUUUUUUCUAUCCAUUUUUCAUACUUUACAGCAAGUUAGUAUGA